AUGCUUGUUUCAAUGACCUUUAUAUUCUCAUCGCUGUUGGAGCUGGCUAUUGUUGGCUAUAAAGUGAAGGAUAUGGACAGUAGUGGUGUCAAGAAGCGAAAGAUCUCUUGUAAGAAGGUAAAGAACAGCUCUUUAAAGGUAGAAGGAACUGAAACAAGUCCAAAGGGUGUGUGCCGAUUUCAAAAACGAUUCAUGUUUCCCGUCGAAGGAUUCGAGUUGAAAUGGCAUCGUUCAAGGUGGAAAUCCCGACCGUGGACACCAGAUCGCAUCGAUCGGCUCUCCAGUAUCGCCUUUCCAGCCUUCUUCGCUUGCUUCAACGUUCGUCUCUGA